UUUAAAAAAUGAAUUAGAUUGUGACAAAAUCGAAUCGGGUCGGGUAAAUCUACUAAGAACCCCAGGCCCAAAAAGUCAAAAAAUCCUAAAGAAGACAAGUGUAACGGGUCUCUGAGACUUCGGCUUCUCCUCCAGGCUUACGUUGUUAUUUCCUGCUAUUCUUUUCUUCUGCUUUCUCUCUCUCUCCUUGCCAUUCUUCGCUCGCUGCUAUCAUUUAUUUCAGAAUUUAUUUUGGGGAAGAUACAAAUUAAGGUAGGAACGUGGAUGGUUUUCUCUCAUAAAUUUUACCAAUGAUUACAUGUGAUAUAGAUCCUGAUGUUGUUCGAUGGGGUCUCCAAGAACUGCAAGUUUGUGUAUUUAGCCAUUCUGGUUCCAGUAGUGUUGUUACUCAGUAUGACAAAGACAAUAGUCAAAGGGGGUAUAUUAGAGAGGGUUAUUAUGAACCGGAGCAUGUAAAUGUAGAGAAUGAUGCGGUUAUUGCACAUGCCCUUCAAGAGGAACUCUCACGAGUUGCGGCUGCAGAGGCAUCUGGAUUUAACAAUCCUAGCCAAGAUGUGAUUCUUGCCCAAGAUUGGUCUGGCCUUCCAGGAAGACAGCAUAGUUCUGAUCAUGAAGAUGAUAGGAAAAUCACAGAAGAUUGCAACCAAACUAAAAGACACGCAAAUGAAGAUAAUCAUGGGAAGAGGGUUUUAGAUGAUUCUCUUAUAAGUAGAUGUGAACAAGGUGGUGACUCUAGAAUGGGAGACAAAGUUUCUCUUGGUGAAGACAUGUUGCAAAUAGAUAUAAUUGAUCAGUCAUCUGUUCUUGAUGGUGAAGUAGAGAAGAGGUUGAAUGACAUGGUUGCUAUUCCUCAUGUACCUAAAAUUAAUGGAGAAAUACCAUCAGUUGAUGAAGAGAUAUCAGACCAUCAAAGGCUGCUUGAUAGGUUGCAGUUGUAUGGUCUGGCUGAGUAUAAGGUUCAAGGUGAUGGUAACUGUCAGUUUCGUUCUUUAUCAGAUCAACUCUACCGUUCUCAAGAUCACCACAAGUUUGUGAGGCAACAAGUUGUUUCCCAGAUUAAAUCAAAUCCAAAGAUGUACGAGGGUUAUGUUCCAAUGGCUUAUGGUGACUAUUUGAAGAAAAUGAGCAAGAAUGGUGAAUGGGGUGAUCAUGUUACAUUGCAAGCAGCCGCAGAUUCGUAUGGGGUAAAGAUAUUUGUAUUAACUUCAUUUAAGGAUACUUCUUACAUCGAGAUCCUUCCUCAUACUCAAAAGUCUGAACGAAAUAUAUCACUAGAUUAUAAAUUUUCAAGGCCAAUCUCAAUUUACAAUGCUCGUUGCAUGCACAUCACAACAUUUUCUGAGAUAAAACAAAAAACCCCCAAAUUCAGAUAUGUUAAAAAAGUAUGUCUAUUCAUUCUUUAAGGUUGUGAACUGGUUUAGGUUGUUGAAUUCAUGGAUCCUCUAUUCUUCCUGAAUUUUGUAUAAAUUAUAUUUGUAUUGCAGUUUAUGUUUCCCGAUUUUUGAGAAGUGGAUAUACUUGUGCUGUGGAUACAGUUUAUGUGAGAUUUUCUUUUUCAUAUCAUGGUCCAAAUCGAUCAUCAAUAUGCAAUUUUUUCCUCUUUGAAUUUGCAUGAAAUAGUGUUUUUGACUUUUAUGCAUUAGCUAGAAAUUAUAGUAUUGUGUAGUUUUUAGAGAUUUCUGUCUUGUAGCUAAAACCAAGAAUAGCAUGGUCAAGGAAUUCUUCACCUCUUAGAAUUGGAUUACAUAGUGCUAUUCUAAUAUGGCUGUUCUGGAUGCCUGGUUUUACGUACUUCACUUGAUACUCACUCCCAUGUUGUUUGUUUAUGAUUUGU